AUGACCUUCAGCAUCGCAUUUCUCCUUCUCGUCGGUGUCGCUUUGGCACUGCCCGCCGAGACUAUCUUCGCACAGCAAACCGACUGCAGCAAGGCCGGGGCCACUGCCCCUGCCAUCAACGACGCCAAGCUGCCCGACCCCUUUACCUUCGUCAACGGCUCGAAGGUCGGUACCAGGAACGGCUGGAUAUGCCGCGCAAAUGAGAUACAGAGCAUCAUGGAACAGUAUGAGCUCGGAGACUUCCCCCCGCCCCCGGAUAGGGUUGAGGCCUCCCUGUCCGGCGGCAACUUGAAUUUGAAGGUCACGGUUGGCAGCACGAGCGUCAGCAUGAGCGCUGCCAUCAAGAAGCCCUCCGGUAACGGUCCGUUCCCGGCCAUCAUCGGCAUCGGCGGCGCCAGUAUACCCGUCCCUGGCACCGUCGCGCAAAUAACAUUUGGCAACGACGCAUUUGCCGCGCAGAACGGCCAGGGCAGCAGAGGCCAGGGCCUCUUCUACGACCUUUUCGGCCGGCAGCACAGCGCCGGCGCACUGACGGCGUGGGCCUGGGGCGUGGGUAGGAUCAUCGACGGCCUUGAGCAGCUCGGCGCCGCGCAGACAGGCGUCGACGCCAAGAGGCUCGGCGUGACUGGUUGCUCGAGGAACGGAAAGGGCGCGUUCGUCGCCGGCGCCCUGGACAAGAGGAUUGCCCUGACGAUCCCGCAAGAGUCGGGUUCCGGGGGGGCCGCCUGCUGGCGCAUCUCGGACAGCGAGAAGAACAAGGGUAAGAACAUCCAGACUUCAGGACAGAUCGUCCAAGAGAACGUCUGGUUCUCUCCCAAUUUCAACACGUGGUCCACCAAGUCUUCCCAGAUCCCAGAGGACCAUCACCUGUUGGCCGGGCUCGUGGCGCCGCGGGGCCUCUACGUGCCCGAGAAUGACAUUGACUGGCUGGGGCCCGUAUCGAUGACGGGCUGCAUGAAGGCCGGGCGGCUCAUCUACCAGGCUCUCGGGGUGCCGCAGAACAUGGGAUUCUCGCUGGUCGGCGGACAUAACCACUGUCAGUUCCCAGGCGAGCAGAACGCCGAGUUGACGCAAUAUAUCAACUACUUCCUGAUAGACCACAAGACGAAGCCGUCGCCACUCGAGCGCAGCACCGUUAACGUCAACGUAGGGGACUAUGCGUCCUGGACGGCGCCCAUGCUUUCUUAG